AUGGACAAAGCCAGAGAUCUUGCACUCCCCCCAAGACAGGCAGAGGCGGGGAGGCCUCUGGACAGGACAGCGAGAACUCGAGAACUCGGCUGCCGCUGGGUGCCCCCAAGCAGUGCAGAUCGGUGCACCCACACCAGCCUGGGAGCAUUCUUAAAUGUCAAGAGCCUACAGCGCAGUCCUCUGGGAACGGUGUUCCCGGCGCUUUCAGCGCAGCGCACAGUCCGCCUCGCCCCUUGUGACCAUCUUCUCUCGAGAAGGACCGGACUUCGCCUUCUUUGGGUCUCUGCGGGAGCAGAGGGCUCCCACUGGGCUGAGAGCACUGGGGUCACGGCUCCGGGAGGCCUGGGGCCUUCCAGGUCGGCUGAACCUUUUAAUUUCUUUACAUCCUUUGAGGAGCAGCAGAAAAUGAACAUAGUGCAGGGAUCCAUGUCAUUUGAAGAUGUGAUUGUGGUAUUUACCCAGGAUGAAUGGCAGUAUGUGAGCCCUGCACAAAGGACUCUGUACAGAGAUGUGAUGCUAGAGAACUAUAGCCACCUCCUCUCAGUGGAGUAUUGCACUACCAAACCCAAGAUGAUCUUCAAGUUGGAGCAAGGAGAAGAGCCCUGGUCCUUAGGGGAAGAAUUCCUAAACCAGAGGUACCUAGAUAUUUCCAUGAAGAAAUUUGAAAAGAAUAAAAUUUGUCUGUAGUUGUGUCCAAUCCACCUAUGAAGAAUAUAGAAUUAUUCCCAUUACUUGGCCAUUCCAGUGGUAAACCUGUAAGACUGAAAAAAGCACAAAAAUGUAAUAGUGCUCCUUACCAAUGAUGACUUCAGGAGUCAAACCCUGAUAUUUACAACCUGAAAAUGCUCUGUAUUAAUCCAUGUGACCAUAUUAGGUCACUGUAAUAUUAAGCUUUAUUCAUGGCUGCUACAUGUACAACUGUAGGUUGGUUUUCCUUACAAAAUUUUCACAAUAUACAACCUGUUUUGCCUACAUUGCAGCUUCCUGCACCUACUUAAAGAGAUCUGGGGCUGAGCAUUCUCCAACAGGAGGCUGCCCUGUACUACUGUUGAGGACUAUUUACUCUUGCAGCCCUGUGGCCAUGACAGGUUUGGUGAUUGCUCCAUUCUCUCUCUUUUCUAUUUUAACUGAAGCUGAUCUUUCUGUAUUAUCAGACACAACCAUAGUAAUUGAUUUAAGGUUCCUUUGAAAAUCUGUGUGGUCUCUGCAACAGAGUGAGGGAAAAUAAUUCACAAACUGGACUGUAAUGCAGAAGCAGGCUGAUGGAGCUCCUGAAUUUCAGAGUUUGAUAAAACAUCUCUUUCAGAUUGUAUUUGUGGCCUCACUAUCUCUUGAUAAAAAGUUCCCACAAGCAAUCCAGGACCUAUGGUUAUCGUAGAUUCUGGAUGUGUUCAUUGAA